CAAGUACUACAAGCUCUCGACCUCUCACCUAGCGCACAACCAUGGCGCGCUUCCUCGUCGCCCUGCUCGCCGCCACCGUGGUCGCGGUUCAGGCUGGCGAGCAGCUGGGCCACGCGGCGCCGGCAACGGCGGAGGUGUUCUGGCGCGCCGUGCUGCCGCACUCGCCAUUGCCCGACGCCGUCCUCCGUCUCCUCAAACAACCCGCAGCAGACGCCACCGGCUUCGUCGUGAGAGACGCCGAGGACAGGCCCCCCUUCGACUACCGUGAUUACAGCCGCUCCGAGUCCGAUGAUGAACCGAGCAAACGCACCGGCGCCACUUCCGGGGCGCGGGACUUAGAUUACGACGACUACUACAGCGCCGCCGACAAACUCCGUGGCGCCGCCGCCGCUGAAUACAAGGAGCCGAGCAGCAGCCUCGCUGGAAGCGGGGCGUCCACGGCUAGGGGCGGCAAGGCGGAGACGACGACGGUGUUCUUCCACGAGGAGGCGGUGCGCGUCGGCAAGAGGCUCCCAUUCAACUUCCCGCCGGCGGCGCCCGCUGCUCUCGGUUUCCUGCCGCGCGAGAUCGCCGAUUCGGUCCCGUUCUCGACGGCCGCGCUGCCCCGCGUUCUCUCGGCAUUCGGCAUCGCGUCGGACUCCGCCACGGUGGCCAGCAUGGAAGCGACGCUGCGCGCCUGCGAGUCGCCGACCAUCGCCGGGGAGUCCAAGUUCUGCGCGACUUCGCUGGAGGCCCUGGUGGAGCGCGCCAUGGGGGUGCUGGGGACCCGCGACAUCAGGCCGGUGACGUCGACGUUGCCCCGCGCCGGCGCCCCGCUGCAGACGUACACGGUCCGCGCCGUGCGGCCGGUGGAGGGCGGCCCUGUCUUCGUGGGGUGCCACGACGAGGCCUACCCGUACACCGUGUACCGGUGCCACACCACCGGCCCGUCAAGGGCGUACAUGGUGGAGAUGGAAGGCGCGCGCGGCGGCGACGCGGUCACCAUCGCCGCCGUGUGCCACACCGACACGUCCCUGUGGAACCCGGAGCACGUCUCGUUCAAGCUCCUCGGCACCAAGCCUGGCGGCACGCCGGUCUGCCACCUCAUGCCGUACGGGCACAUAAUCUGGGCCAAGAACGUGAAGCGCUCGACGGCGUGAGCGUCCCGGCCAACUCUGCUGUCUCGCCGGAACUAAGAUCGAUGUACUGCUACUAGUACUAUCUGUUUUCCACCUACGUAUUCUGUUGUUCUUACCACCAGAUGGUCACCAGAGCAGCGCUUGUAAUAAAAGAACAGCUUCUGCAGAGCUGUGUUUAUUUA